AAAUAUAGUUUUUUUCUGCGUCUGUUUCCACGGAAGCUGUUAAUUAAAUGAAGUAAAAUUAAUUGUCCACAAAAAGUGGCUUUAAUUAAAAAGGGUUGUCAGAAGUGUUUCGCUCGGCGUGAUCUGAAAAAGUCGUAGACCAGUUGCAACAGGUGCAAAUCGCAAGUGAAAGCCAACAGCAAAAGAAAAGAAAUGCCGCCCGUGCAAGUCCAGGCAACAAACAUGUCGCUGGGUGCAAUGCAUUGCACGAGAUGUGCCGAUGGAUUCGAACCCACCGAAAAGAUCGUCAACUCCAAUGGAGAACUAUGGCACACGCAGUGCUUUGUAUGUGCUCAGUGCUUUCGACCAUUCCAGGAUGGCAUCUUUUACGAAUUCGAGGGUCGCAAGUAUUGCGAACGUGACUUCCAUGUUCUCUUCGCGCCCUGCUGCAACAAGUGCGGGGAGUUUGUCAUCGGUCGCGUCAUUAAGGCCAUGUCAGCCAGCUGGCAUCCUCAGUGCUUCCGCUGUCAAUUGUGCGCCAAGGAGUUGGCCGACUGUGGUUUCAUUAAGAACCAGAAUCGCGCCUUGUGCCACGAGUGCAAUGCCAAGGUGAAGGCAGAGAUCACCGGCCGCUAUGUAUGCCAAAAAUGCCAUGGCCUCAUCGACGAGGAGCCUUUGCGUUUCCGAGGUGAAGUUUACCACGGGUAUCACUUCAGUUGCACGGCCUGCGGAACGGAAUUGGAUUCCACAGCUCGAGAGGUCAAGAGUCGCCCAGGACUGGCCGCAAACGAUAUGAACGAACUGUAUUGUCUGCGUUGCCAUGAUAAAAUGGGUAUUCCUAUAUGCGGUGCUUGUCGUCGGCCAAUUGAAGAAAGAGUGGUCACCGCGCUGGGAAAGCACUGGCAUGUGGAGCAUUUCGUGUGCGCCAAGUGUGAGAAACCUUUCCUGGGCCACCGGCACUACGAGAAGCGGGGUUUGGCCUACUGUGAGACCCACUAUCAUCAGCUCUUCGGCAACCUGUGCUUCGUUUGCAACCAGGUUAUUGGAGGCGAUGUUUUCACUGCCCUGAACAAGGCCUGGUGUGUGCAUCAUUUUGCCUGCUCCGUGUGCGACACAAAGAUGACACAGAAGUCGAAGUUCUAUGAGUAUGACGAGAAGCCGGUGUGCAAAAAGUGCUAUGAGCGAUUCCCGAACGAGCUGCGGCGACGCCUGCGCACCGCCCACGAAAUGACAAUGAAAAAGAACAUUUAAUUGUCUGGGAGGGACCGUGCCUUGAAUCCACACCAAACAGUGCCUUUGUCGUUGUAUACCAGCUUCCGCUACCAUUUUUUAACAUUCGAGAAACAAAAACAAAACAAACUAAAACCUUUUGUGCAUGUCUUUUCAAUCUGUUGUAACCUUGUUGUGUGUAAUUUCUAACAUAAAGAUCGUGAAUCAACGGCAGCUAUAGCUAGGGAACAUAUUAAUUGUGUAUUAACAGCUUUUAACGUUGUUAUAUAAUUGAAUUUUAUUUAUAUAUAAAUGUUUUUAAAAUGAUAAAA